GGAGGCAGGGGAGGACGGGAAGAAGAAGAGGGCAUCCAUCCAAGUCUCACUUGUGCACUCCCCCUGCAGAUCUGCCAAUCUCGCAUCCCAUUGGCUCACUGCAACGUAAAGCCGGAGGGGGACGAACAAGUACGGGAUCCCGGGAAGAUUCACCCGGCACCACCCCCCUUGGGUACUACGGAGUGGAGUACUAUUUUAAGUGUGGGCGCCAAACCAAUCGCGAGGACCCGACAAAAGAUGCAGGGUGCGGCGGCCACGACUCCCGCCCUCUCCAGAGCCCGUUGGGCCACACGCGGCCGCGCCUCCGCCUCGCGCCAUGCCGUCGCCGCCGUUUCCUCGUCCUCCGGUCCCCGAGGCGGCGCUGCCGCCGCUGCGCUGCCGCUCCUCCGCAUUCGCGGCGGCUGCCAGCUCAGGCCUCUGUCACUGCUGCCGGACAAGAGCAGGGCGGUCACGGCUGCGGUGGCGGCCUCUGCGGCUGCGCCCGUGCCGGCGGACGAGGUGACCGCUGCAGGGUGGAAAGAGGGCGCCAGCGGCGUUGCGGAGACGGUGCAGCUGGGCGCCAUGAUCGUCGCCUGGUACCUCCUCAACAUCUACUUCAACAUCUACAACAAGCAGGUUCUCGAGGUGCUUCCGUUCCCGUACACCAUUACCGCCUUCCAGCUCGCAUUCGGCUCCCUGCUCAUCUUCCUCAUGUGGGCUACCAGACUCCAUCCCGUGCCCAAACUCUCCACUGCACAGUUGGGCAAGAUUGCGCCGCUGGCCGUGGGGCACAUGCUGGGCACGGUGUUCACCAACAUGAGCCUGGGCAAGGUCGCCGUCUCCUUCACGCACACCGUCAAGGCCUCCGAGCCCUUCUUCACCGCCCUCCUCUCCGCCUUGUUCCUCGGCGAGACGCCUUCGCUGCCGGUGCUGGGCUCUCUCGUGCCGAUCGUUGGCGGCGUCGCCUUGGCGUCUUUGACCGAAGUUUCUUUCAACUGGGUUGGGUUCUGGAGUGCCAUGGCAUCCAAUCUGGCCAACCAGUCGAGAAAUGUCCUCAGCAAGAAACUUCUGGGCGGUGACGAGGAAGCUUUAGAUGACAUAAACCUCUUCUCAGUGAUCACUGUGCUGUCCUUUCUGCUUUCUUGCCCCCUGAUGCUGUUCGCAGAGGGCGUCAAGUUCACCCCUGGGUACCUCCAGAGCACUGGCCUCAACCUCCAGGAACUCGUCGUGAGAGCAGCACUUGCUGGUUUCUGCUUCCAUGGCUAUCAAAAGAUCUCGUACAUGAUCUUGGCGAGGGUGUCACCCGUGACCCACUCUGUCGCCAACUGCGUCAAGCGUGUGGUGGUGAUCGUCUCGUCCGUUCUGUUCUUCAGAACCCCGAUCUCACCCAUAAACGCACUAGGAACUGGUGCUGCACUAGGGGGAGUUUUUCUGUACUCUAGGUUGAAGAGAACAAAGCCAAAGGAUGCAUGAGGAUGAUGACAAGCAUUACAGUAGCAGUGCCUCCUAAAUUUUUUUUCUUGUAUACACGUUGAGGUAUACGGAUUAGAUGGAGAAACAUAUAUCGAUGAGUAGGGGUGAAAAUGUGACCGAUAUUUCCCUCCCACUCUUCCGACCGAAGGCUUGCAAAGUAAAUAUGUAUGUAACAAUAGAUAUCUAACACUAUAUGUGUCUGAUUAUGAAUUCGAGAAAAAAAUAAAAUAUGAUACAGGAUGAUGGAUACUUAUUUGAAAUAUUUAAAUAUUAGAUGUUA